GUUCCAAUAUGGCCGCAGAUUUCCACUCCUCAGUUAAGGAAAUUGGUGAUUUUGUGAAAUAUUUGGUUUAUUAAAGCUCCUAAUUCAAUCACAAAAGAGGCCUACGGUAGGAAAAUGUUAAUUGGCUCACAAUGAUUGACUUUUUGGCCCUUUCGAAGAAUUUCCGUCUUUUACUGAAAGCGAAAUCCACGACGACUUGCUGAAGAGGAUAUCGAAGUUGAUCGCAAACUGGAUGAAAACCUAAUUCCUUCGCACAUAAUUGACUUUUUAAAGAUAUGAACCGCACUUUGCUUGUUGAAGAAGGAGAUGAUGAAGUUGCCAAUAGACAAGAUAAGAAAAAGAGAGAAAAAGAAAAGUUUGUAGAAUCAGCAGACAAAAAGAAAAAAAUGACUUUUAAGAAAGCAGAUGGUAAGAAAGAUGUACACCAUAACAGUUCAAUAACAGGCUCAUCUAAAGUACAGCCAGCUGAAAUGGUUGAUAUGGCUGCAGUGAAUCCUGAUCCCGAUGGUAUAACAUCACCAGUGGGAUCCCCAGCAGUUACUGUUCCAGGAACAGGUGUUUAUCCAGGAAACAUUGUAAUUCCACCACCACCCAGAUCUACAGCAAUCCAACAAGUUCCCUCACAACACUUGCAGCAGAGAGGAAACUGGCCACAGCAGUCACAACAGCAAAUGCCUGCUGUCUAUAUGGUACCUGCACAGCAAGCUCACUUUAUCACAACACCCUUCCAGUCCCCAGGACCCCCACCUCAGCAAAUAUCAGGACAAUUUGUUACACAAUCAUACCAGCAAGGUCAUUAUGCCGGGGCACAAUAUCACCAGACUAUCCCUGUUGGACCUCCUGUUCAAGGUGUUGUGUACAGUGGUCAAGUAAUUGCAGGAUCUCACCAUGGCAAUGUGCUCACAAGAACUCAGUCCCUGCCUGUUUCUACAGGGACGUGGAUGCAAGACAAAAAUAAUGCAAAUACAACAAACAAUACACAGUGGGCAGCAUUCCCUCCAAGUGCUUCUCUUCAACAAAUAACUGUCGUCAAUGAACUGGAUGAAGAACACAGCUCCAGUGAUGAAGAUGUUGAUCGCAGCAGUUCUCCUGAGCUUGCGGGUGAAGAGGGUGAAGUUCUCCUUAGAGCUCCAUCACUGGCGAGUUUUGCAGAAAGUGUCAGCAGCAUUGAAGAGGAAUCAGAAGAUAAUGUGUGGUGCAUUUUGCCUGAUCAAAGAGAAUAUUACACAAAACAGUUUCUAAGACUGCAACCAGCUAUAGAUGGUGUUGUAAAAGGACCAAGAGCAAGGGAUUUUUUCAUGAAAUCUGGCUUACCAGUGGAGGUGCUAUCCAAAAUAUGGCACUUGUCAGACCUCAAUAAGGACAAUGCUUUGAAUUUGGAUGAGUUCUGCAUAGCAAUGCAUCUUGUUGUAGCUAUGCGACAUGGCCUGGAACUGCCACUGACCUUACCUACUGUCUUGUUACCAGAAAAGAGUGAAGUGGAUAUGUGUCCAAUUGAUGUGCCACCUCAAACAGAUGAAUGUGAAGAACCAGAGAGUAUAAGAAGGAAUGUUUCCUCACCAGAGCACUGGUUACGUUUUAGUGGUUCCUCUGGAAGCACUGCACAGCACACUAAGUUUAACAACUUGCCUAUGAGGAGGAAAGCACUGUCAGUUGUUCAAGCCUCACCAUCACACGGUGCCCUCAAGGAAAGUGAGGACAGUGCUGGAAGACCCAGGUCACUGUCAGAUCCAGCUUCUGUUGAGGAUGCUUCAACAGAUGGUCAAUCAAGCAAAAUAAUCAACCUUGGUAAUCCUGUGAGCCCUCUUCAAGUCAACAUGCCAAGUACGCCUGCUCAGCAAGGUGAUGUGCCACACACUGGACCUCUUAGUCCCACCCACGUUACAGCAGAGAUAGAGAUAGCACGACCAAGAGCAGCAGUCAAACCUAGCCUUCUUGAUGCCCUUCCAGGGCAGCUGCUCCCCCCUCCAUCUGGAAAACAAGCCCGUGAUGGCUGGACACCCACUAAUAAAUUUAUUUAUCAGGCAUCACCUCGUCAAAAAGAUUCUAGCUCCCCUGAACCUUCCGAAUCACCUCCCUCUUCACCUGAAGAAGACACUCCUACUUCACCACUUUCCCCUGAGGGAAUGAGGACACCUUCACCUCCUCCUCUGGCACAGGAGGAACAGGAAGAGGAAGAACCUAAGGAGGAAGCCGGAAAGGAAGAAGUAGUCUAUCGAGUGAAUAGGAGAAGCGGUGAGAGGCCGAGGUCGACUGGAGAUGUGAAACUUAAUACUAAAAGUGAUUCUGGUUUAGUGACAACACCAGUCGAAGAAGAGGGUCAGAGUUCUGUGUCUUCAGAAGGAAAGAAAGAUCCACCUCCCCCACCCCCUAGGAACAAGAAAGGUCAUUCAAGAUCUUCUUCGUUGGAUCUCAAUAAGCUCUUUGCUACGAAAGCCAAGGAAAAUAGAGGAACACCACCAUCACCGUCGUCAAGCUUUUCCAGUCAGACGAGUGACAGUGCAGCGCCAGCAAAGAGCGAACCUAACACACCCAGACACAGAAAAGAGAAUAGUGCCGAACAAGAGAAAGUUGUAGCCGACCAGGAAAAAGUAGAGAAACAGGAAGAUUUUGCUGACUUCAGCAGAUUUGAAAGUUUUGUGGAAGCACAGGAAGGCGAAGGCACACGUGGUUCAUCCACUCGCCCCGGGAUUCAUAGGCGAUCAUUUUCACUCGACCACUCACAUGAGUUAGGGUGGUCUCGGUCAACUCCUGCUCAGAAGGCUUCAAAUGAAGGAGUCACGACAGCAGCAAGCAGACCAACUCACGCCCAGGAGGCCUUACCACGGCCAGUUCCGAAGUUGAAACCUCCAAGUCCUCCAACAUUAAAACAAGGAAGAAGAGUAGACAAAGAUGGAGAAAAAGAGAGAAAACUUAAAACGGAACCGCCAAAAGUUGUAGUAAGGCCACUAACCAAGGAAGACAAAUUAAAUUCGAGAAUAAAUGAUUUGAAAGAAAAGAAUGCUGUGCUAUCUAAAGUUAACAGUGAACUUCAAGAGGAAUUGAAAACGAUGAUGGAAAAUCGAGCAACACUGGAGCUUAAACUUGGAAAGCUCAAAUCAGAUUCAACGCAAAAGGGAUGAAAACGCGAAUAAAUGAAACGAAGAACGAUACUACCAAAAAAGAUUUUAUCCUCCUGCAAUGUUAAAUAAACGAAAAAAUUUUUUCGAAUUAACAGCAUUGCUGAUAUGUAUAUUUUCUUGACAUUUCCAUGUUCAGAAUAACUAAAACCAACUUCCACCCUUCUGCUAAUUACAUUUUAAUGCAUUACUUUUUUUUAUCUUGCUUUUAGAUACGAACCGGUAAGUUAAGAAUUUUCUCUAUAAGCCACAUUCUAAAGAAUUAUAUUAUAUAUAAGAAAAUCUAAAAAAAAUAUCAU